CCUGUGCGACAGACUUGCACACAUGUAAACACACUGCUUUCAUAGCAGUAACAAACUUGCAGCUGUUGCUGUUUGUGUCUACGAUGUGGCCUCCGCCGAGAAGAUGGAGCCUUCGAUUCGAGCACGACAGCCGAGGCAGGAAGUUACAGCUGAAGGCAGGAGAAUGUCGAGAAUGCAGUCCGGGCCAGUUGCACGCUUACUUUAACGUGCAUGCUUCAGAUGCUGUAGAGUUCAACAGCGGGAAAUGUUUUUACUAGGGCUGUUACAGAUAACAACAUUUAAUCGAGUUAAUCACAUGACACACUGAUGAAUUAAUUCGAUUGAUUGCAUAUAAUCGCAUAUAUCAAUAUUUGCUGAGAAAAACCCCCAAAUUUAGAUAAUUCAGUGGCAUUCAAUUAUCGUGCCAGUAUGAAAUACGUAAUAAACUGUAGAAAAAGUGGUUUUAAGCUCAAUCAACAGCAUUUGUGCCAUAUUGUUAAUUACCUCCCUCGUCCCUGGGCCAGGUCCCUCGUUUAUGGUUACAGUAAGGCAAUUAAAAUGGUAAAUGGGGCCAUUCCAUAAACAUUAAAAUACACACACAAAGAAUAGCCUCAGGAUGUAAACAUAUUCAUGUUAACAUAAUUUUAGAGUGAUAAAAUCAGGGAUUUACUGGCGUUACAACAAAGUUGUAAUAAUGGAUAUAACUUUACACAGAUGAGGUUAAGCAAUUUUAUCACACUAAAAUCAUGGUAUACAUGUGGCUAUAUUUAUGAAAUUACCCCAUUCACGUUUUCCCAACAUGUAAUUGUGGUAAUCAACAUUAUGCCACAAAUGCUGUCAGUUGAGCUUCACUUGUAUUGAACCUGAAGCAUCACUUUAACCCUUAUAUUGUGUUGCGGUCAAAACUGACUGAUUAACUUUUGAAUAAAAUUCCAUGACUUUGUUCACACAGGGCAUCUGAACACACAAUUGUUUUUUUGUUUUUUUACAAUUUUAAUGGUUCUAUUUCACUUUGUCACACCUGUUGUGUUCCUGGUCAAAAAUGACCGCCAUUGUAAAUGAAUAUGUCAGACAGCAAGAGCGAGACAAAGGGACCCAAAAGCAGAGGAACAGUUCAAAGGAUUUAUUUACAAUAAAUGAUAAUGUUAACUGUGCUGGCGAAGACUGGAGAUCCCGGUACCGGCUGCAGUAGAGGGAAGGAGUCUUGUGAAUGAGUGUGCGACGUAAUCGUACAAUGGGCAGAUCUGUGAAGAGUGUGUUCGUAGAUGAGUGUAUGCUUGUGGAAGUCAGGGGCAAAUCCGUAGGAAUCCUCUGUAGAAUCGUAGUGAGGUGCAGAGAAUAAUGGCCAGCAGAUCUGAAGGUAAUCAUAUUCCCGACAUGCGGGCAGAGACGAGGAAUCCUUCGUUGAAGAUUUGUGAGCGCAGAGAACAAGCGUGCAGCAAGCUGGAAGGUAACCACAUUCCCGACAUGCGGGCAGAGACGGGCAACCAAACAGAUUCAUGAGACAGGACCAACUAGGCAGAGAGAGUGAGCCCCCUGUUGGCCACGCCUCCCACCCGAUGGCUCCGCCCAGUCCUGGAACCAACAGCAGCACUAAUCACAGCAGUAGCAGCAGCAGCACUGCCGGCUGGGAGCAGCUCAGCAAAACGAACCUGUACAUCCGUGGGUUGCCCCCAACGACCACUGACCAUGACCUGGUCAAACUCUGCCAGCCAUAUGGAAAAAUCGUAUCAACGAAGGCCAUCUUAGACAAAACCACAAACAAAUGCAAAGGGUAUGGCUUUGUGGAUUAUGACAGCCCGGCUGCAGCUCAGAAAGCCGUCAGCGCUCUGAAAAGCAGUGGAGUUCAGGCACAAAUGGCAAAGCAACAGGAACAGGACCCCACUAAUCUUUACAUCUCUAACUUGCCACUGUCGAUGGAUGAACAGGAGUUAGAGAGUAUGCUGAAGCCCUUCGGACAGGUCGUCUCCACGCGCGUCCUGCGUGACGCCAACGGGGCCAGCCGAGGGGUCGGAUUUGCAAGGAUGGAGUCGAAAGAGAAAUGUGAAGCCGUCAUCUCACACUUCAAUGGCAAAUUUCUGAAAACACCAGCCGGAGUCAUGGCUCCGUCAGAGCCCUUGCUGUGCAAGUUUGCAGAUGGAGGGCAGAAGAAGAGACAGAGUCAAAAUAAAUAUGUGCAGAAUGGACGAGGCUGGAACAGAGACGGGGAGACCAGACUUGCUGGAAUGACCCUCACAUAUGACCCCACCACAGCUGCUAUGCAAAAUGGAUUUUAUCCGACCGCCUACAGUAUUUCUAACAGAAUGAUCUCUCAGACUCCCAUAUCUCAAUACAUCUCACCUAUGUCCACAUACCAGGUACAGAAUCCAUCCUGGGUCACCCAUCAGCCUUACAUCAUGCAACAUCCAGGAGCUGUGAUAUCGCCCUCUAUAGAUCACUCCAUGUCACUGCAGCCCACGUCUAUGAUGAGCCCUCUAACCCAACAGAUGAGUCACCUCUCACUGGGCAGUGCAGGAACUUUUAUGACAGCCAGUCCAGCUCUGCAGGGGCCAUACAUCCCUUCAUACACUCAUAUGCAGACCAAUGCAAUCUCAGUAGAGGAGAAUAGUCCACAACCUCAGAUGGAAUCGUCCAGUGAUUCACCUUAUACCUAUCAACAGGCCAAGUAAUGAAGAGGGUUAGUCGGGUCGAGAGCGAGUCAGGCAACUGCUAAAUCAAUAACAGUUUCCUGAAGGACCGGCUCUACCGAUGAAUCCACAUUUGCACAGGUUCUACAAUAAGUUCCUCGGUUUUUGUAAUUAAACGACUUCGACUAUUUUUGGUAUAAGUUCCAUUAGGUGCAAAUAAAGGAUUCAUCAAAGGAUGCUAACUCUCAAAGAAAGCGUGAAAAAAGUUUUAUUUUAAUAAGGAAAAAAUGCUUAUUUUUUAUCAAGAAUUGUCACGUAGAUGCAGGAACUUCAUGCAGAGAUGUCCAUUGUUUUUAUGAUUUCAGAUUUGUUUGAUCUUUUUCUCUUUUCUUUUGUACUUAAAUAGAUGUUUGUUUUUAGAGAUUUAUCAUUCUGAGAAAGAUGAGUUUGUGUUUGCCGUGUGAGUGUUGUUGGUGACGUGUUUUUCUGUCGUGUGCUACGUCGUGUCAGUCUGAACGAUCUGUCUGUCUUCUACGAUUUGCCUUAAAUUUUUCCCAUACAGUAGUUAAAGAAUAUUGCGAGAGAUAAUGCCAUCUACUGCCUUGUAAAUCAGCUUGAAUAGGGCUUUUCUAGCAUCUAGCAAAUGAACAUUUUCGCUAUGCUUGGAUUUUUCUGUGUUUCGCUUUUUUUUUUCUUUGGAGCUUUUAGAGUACAAACUUUUGAGUGAUUAAAAUUGAUGGAGUUUUAAUAGGAUUUAAUGUUUUUAUAAUCAGAGGUAACAAUCCUUUGGUUGUUUGAAUGUGGUAGAAAUUCUGCUAAAUGAUCACAUUUUUGAUAAUUGCCUUUCGUUUUCGUUUAGAAAUCGUGGUGUUGUAGUGUAGCUUUAGAUGAACUCGUGUGGGUGGGGGAAGUGCUUUGACUUGUAUUCAAAUUUGGGGGAGGGGAAGGGGCGUGGCCUGUCAGUCAAGCCGCAUAUCGUUUGUCACAUUCGUUCAGAUGCAGGCGAACAUUCAGAAUAAACCUUCAGUGACUUUCAGCAGAAGUCUGGGGGGGUUCUUCAGGAGAGGUGAACAUAUAGAUUUUAGUGCUCGUUUAUAGGAGGCAAACAAAACUUGGCACUUUCAAGUUUACUUCACCAAAGACAGAAUUUAACGUCAUUUUCUCUGAAGGCGGUCCAUACUGAGACUUUUUAACACACUUAAGUGGACAUGCCAUCUAAAAAACACAAUCUCAGACAAAUACGUCUGUCUAGCGCAUGUUUUCAUUGGAAAAACAAUAGGAAAACAGCAUAAACGGAUGCAAAAACGCAUUUGGUGUGAACGGCCCCUUAAAUUGCAGUUUGGAUAAUUUGCCGCCUUUGUACAUAUGCAUUCAGCUGUCUUUAGUUGUUAAGAUGUGGACAACAAUAGCAUGAAGAUUUGGAUCCAGCAAGUGCCACAAACUAAAACAACAUCACUACAGAGCGGAGACAACUGAAACUAAAACAGAAAGAGGACAGGUUAAACAAAUGGCUCUGUUCCUAAAACCUAGUGAGCUGCCUUACUGUCUACUGCGUACAUAGGCAGCAUCCUAACUGAAAUAGUGACCGGUCAAAAGUGACCGAUUUGGAAUGCGCUACUUAGGCGGCCACUUUUCCAGUACUUAAGAAGACAGUGUAAUCAUGCAGCACGGGAGUGCGCCUGUGGCACCUUAAAAUGUUGCCAAAUAUGUAGUCAGCUCACUAGAUUUUGGAACACAGCCUUUGUAAUUAUAAACGCAUAUAUGAUAGAAAAAACAAUACGCAACAAAUGUUUUUCGUUAUUUUCUUUUUAAAAUCACAAUUUACUUUUAGCAAGUCUUUAUUAAUUAAUUUGUCUUCCAAAAGACUGUGUUUUUGGCCUGGUGAGUCUCGUUGACCGCUUAUCUACCUCAAGAGCUUUGUUCUCCUCUGUUUUGAUUGGUCGGGCUAGCAGGUUCAGCCCGCCCCUCCAGACCAAACGGGCGGCUCAGGAGCUGUCCAAAUACACUUGAUUUCUUUCAGGUUUUGUUUUUUAAAUACUUUGAUUCUCUUCUUCUUCUUCUUUAAACAAACAAAAAUGCUUUUUUUAUUAUUAUUAUUAUUAUUAUUAUUAUUAUUAUUGUUAUGGCUAUAAGAAAAGUUGUGCGUUGAACAUGUCUAGUGUCAUUUAGCAUUCAGAUUCAUCGUUUCAAAGCAAAAAACUUUGCUUUUUUUGUCACAAGAUAUUCCAGUAGUUGAUGAAUUCAAUUACAUGUGUCCUAACCAGGUGACGCAAUAUAUCACCAAAGCGAUAAAAGCUGGCUUUUUGUUUGUUUAUUUCAGCGACAUACGACAGGAUAUUUUGUUGAUUGAUUGGUUUCUAUUAUCCAGGCAUCGUAUUGGGUCGCCCUGCCCACUGUAAAAUCAAAAAAGUAAUCCACUAGAAAUUACUUCUCUGAAACAUGAUCUCUAAAAUCAGAUUGUUGAUUUCUUAAUCGAAAAAGUAUUUGCAUCACUAAUUACUUUUAAGUUACUUUAUAAAACACAUUUCACAGAAACGUUUGUUUUUCCACUCAGCAAAUUCAAAAUUCACUGUUAUCAUAUUAUUUUAAAAAACGUGUAGCCCAGUAAGUAAUUACCUUAAUUGAAAGUCAGUUAAUGUACAUUUAAAACAUUUUAAAAUAUGUUACACUACUUUUUUAACUUAAAGUAUUCAUAUCACACCCAACACUGGUCCGAUGUCCCGCUUUAUCUAACUGUAAAUUAUCAUAUAUCUUUCAUUUAGCUGUGAUUUUGUUAUAGAUGUGCAUAAUAAAUGUUUUAAAAAUUGACUUGUCGUUUAUAACGAAGCUGGUUUAAGGUUUACCUGACCCCAAUCAGAUGUGUUAUUAAGGUUUGAGUAUGCUUCGGUUUUCCGUGCGUCGUUCUGUCUUGCGCACAGUCGAGCACUCAGCCUUUUAAAGUAUACUCAAUAACACUUUCUAUGAAGCCCAUAUUAAUAAUGCUUUGUAAAGGCAUUAUAAAUACAUUAUACUGCAUUCAUAAUGCCUGAAAAUACACCUUAUAAUAAGUUAUAACUUCUCAUUAAUAAUUGCAACUACUGUAAUAAUACACUAUAAGACUCACUAUUCAUAGUUAUACUUUAGAGUAUAAUGCAUUAUAACACAAGCAACAUCCGAUUUUAACGCAGCAGAAGUUAAUAAAGUUAAUGUUAUAAGUGCUGUAUAGUGUAAACAGUUAAAAGGCUUUAUGACAUGAUCAUAUUAUAAGAGGUCUUUACCUGCUUUAAGUAAAGUUACAAAAGAAAUAUCUUCUUAUAAACAGCCAUAACAUAAACUUGUAACAUACAAUACAUUACAAGUCAAACUAACAUAAUGGAAGUUAUUUAUAAAAUAAGUCUCCAAAUAAGAUGCACAAACGUUAAAAUGUAUUAAACAGAGUCCAGUAUAGAAUCAGUUUAUAUAUAUAUUAUUGGGUGUGUUUACAACAUAAGAGAGUUUCGGAUAUAUUUUACCUUGUAGCUUUAUAAGUGUUUUUCAUAAUAUCUCAGAAUUGACACUGAAUGUGUGUUAUUUUGUAUUUUGUGCAUGUAUAAUGUAUAUAACUUCCAGCAUCACUUGUCAUGUCUUAUAACCACUUACAAAUAUCUUAUGGAUGUUUAUAAGUAGACAUAUUGCUUUUGUCACAUAUAUUACAAAUAUAUAUAAUGCAUUAUAACUUCUGCAGAUAAAAUUGUAUGUUGCUUGUGUUAUAAUGCAUUAUACUCCAAGGUAUAUCUAUGAAUAUGUAAGUAUUAUAAUUGUAGUUACAAUUAUUUAUUAGUUAUAACAUAUUAUAAGGUGUAUAAUGUAACAUUAAUAAUGCAUUAUAAUGCCUUCACGAUGCAUUAUAAAUAUGGGCUACAUAGAAAGUGUUACCGUAUACUCUUUUAGAUGCGAGCCCAUACAGACGCGUUCAACGCAUGCACACUAAGACUGCUUUUUAUUAGUCGUAUAGCACAGUUAAUGACCGACGCAUGCACCAAUGAUACGUUGUUACAAUUACAACUAUUUUUAGCUACAAACAAAAUGCGGUGGCCAAAAACUUCUGUUUGAAUGUUAAAGGGGACAAACUGUUUCCGAGAGGGCUUUAUCUUGCAAACUGUCAAACAGCUAAAGCUACAGAUGAUACAAAUAUCAAAACAAAGAAGUAAUCGAGAUAAUCGACACACAAAUCGACUUAUUGAAGACUAGUUUCACAUUCAGUGUGGACAGACAAAAUUGCUUGUUGCCGGAAACUUGUCACGUCACGCCUGGUUAGGACACGGUGUCAGAAAAGAAAGCGCAAGAGAGAACGUUAGAAUGUUAGGAAGCUAAAAGUUGUGGUUUUCCCAUGAUCUGUACUCCCAAGAAAUUACAGUUUUUUCAGGCGUUGUCCAAACAGACAUUUAGCAGCGUAAUCUCCGCAUUUAGCAGAGUCGCUGAGUCCCUCUCUUGAAGUGUGUGUGUUUGUGUGUGUCUGUGGUACCGAAUGAAAGUUACUGUGGAGUUCUUGUGUGGGUCAUGCUGCUAGUAACAACAGAAUCCGAAGUGCCAAUCUGCGUCCGGGUCAGAAGAGAUGGACAGAGGUGUGUGUGCAGAGGGACAUGCUCAUGAAUAUGAGAAAUCAUGUACUAGACAGUCAUUAAGUUAUAUGAAAAACUAAUAAUUUAUGAAGAGAGAACUUUUGUACAGACUCUUUGAAAAAAUAAAAACAAUAAAAAGGUUUUCAUAGAGAUAUCUAUAUGAGAGUUAAUUUUGUAAUUUUUAUUUCUCUUUUUUUUUUUACAUGUGCCACACGCUUGCCAGUGGUAACUUGUACAUUUGGGUUUAUCAGAAACCUUCUUCUGUCGUUGUUUUUUUUUUUUUUUUUGUAUUUGUUUUAAGCCAAAAAAAAAGAAAGCUUUUUAUUGCUUUUCCCCCCUUGUUUCCAGUAGAUUGUUAAUCAAGCUUUAUUUCUGUUCAUUUCUUGAAGAACUUUUGAAUAAAAACACUUUUUUUGUUUUA